AUGUUGUCGCUGGACCGACUUCCUAAUGAGGUGCUGCACAGUAUCGCCUCUUUCCUCCACAAGAAGUACGACCUAGCUGCUCUAUCGCGCGUCAACCGACACUGCUAUCAUAUUGCGAGCCCCAUUCUCUGGAAGCGCGAGGUCAAGUCGGACAGGCCAGGCGCACUACAUUGGGCCGUGGAGCAUGAAGACAUCGAUCUCUUGCGCCGCGCCCUCGAGGCUGGUGUUGACCCCUCGCGUCUAGCCUAUGCUCACAGGCCCAAGCCACGAAUCGAUUCGCGUCACAAGUGGUGGAACUAUCAUAGCUCAUAUUACGACGAUCCCGAAUGGCGCGUUGACGACGACGACGAGUCUGUCGACCUGGACCCAUCCUAUGUUCUACAUGACACCUGCGAUUGUUUCGAGAGCGGCUGCGACGACGGAAUCUUUAGCGACUGUCGAUGGGAAGCUAUCCAUGUCGCUGCCAGCAAAGGGCGUAUCGACAUGAUCGAGGUGCUGCUCGACAAGGGCGCAUAUAUCGAGGCAUCCUCCUGGGGACUCUGCCUCUGCCGUCCUCAUCUUCCCAUGGAGGCCUUUAGCGACUCGCAAGAUAUCGAGGAGGAAGAGCUUGAGGAUCUGCAUGGUGGAAACUGGACACCUCUGCAUGUUGCCAUAUGCCACGGCCAGUUCGAGACCGCCAAGUUUCUGCUAAGCCGCGGGGCUUCCACUGUCAUUUACCAGGGUAUCGAUUUCGAGCUUGACCCCAACGUCUGGCGAGAUGAUGAUGCUGCCCAUGAUUCAAGUCGUUUCCGACUCACCGCGAUGCACCACGCUGCCAAGCACGACAUGCUCCCCUUACUACGGCUCCUUAUAGAAGGGAAGCUUCAGGAGAACAUCGAUGCAGAAGGCCCUUUCAUGGGAACGCCCCUAUUCCAGGCCAUUUGGUACGGACACUGGGACACCGCGGUUCCGUAUCUCAUUGAGAAAGGCGCCAAUAUUGACACCAGGCUCAUCGAGACGGGAUUGACACCUCUUAUGAUGGCGUGUUUCUCGCGUCGGUUUGAUGAUGCUGCCAAGCUCAUCGACCUAGGUGCAGACGUCAACACGGUCUCAAGGCACCGGUUCAGCAUUCUUCAUCUGAUUCUCGGACCUGGCCAAGUUAGACCUGACGAGUUUGCCGACCCUUACGAUCCCCCGAAGCCAGUCAGCAAGAUCACCGAGAUCGAGAUCAUCCAAAAGUUCAUUGACAAGAAGUUUGAUGUAAACGCCCGUGACUCUCUCUUGGGGAUGACGCCCCUGAUGCAUGCGAGCUCAAGCUGUAACACGGAUGCUAUGAAGGCGUUAAUCGACAGCGGAGCUGACGUUAACGCUUUGGAUCAUGAGGGACUGAGCGCCCUUUCUCGAGUCGGUGAAAUGGCUGAAGGAUCUGCUAUCCUUGGACUAUGCGACGCCGGAGAGAUGCUCCUCGAUGCGGGGGCAUCGAUGAAAGACUCGACGGAAGACCUGACACCUCUGAACAUCAUCUGCGCCCGGCGCUGCGAGCCCUACUUCAGUCGUGAUUGGGACCACCAGCACGCCAAUUUCGCCGCGCUCCUCAUUGAGCGUGGCGCUGAUCCAAACGACAAGGGGGUAACCCUGCACCGCCCAUUCACCGAGGCCGUUGUGAACGGUAACUUGAGUCUUGCCCAAGCAAUUCUUGAGAAUGGCGGCCGGCCGGAGAAGGGUGACCUCGAGGAUCUGCUUGACAAGUCAGUGCAGGACCCGUAUGACGACGGGAAAACCGAGUUUAUACUGAGCAUAGAUUAUGCCGGGUAUGGCAUCACAAGGCCUUCGGAUGCCUUCCUGGUGCGCCUCCUUAAGCUGUCAUUGGAGGAGCAACUCUGGACACGAGCCGCUGAUCUGAUGAGGGCGGUGCCCACACCGAGGGAGAUGCGAAAGGGGCUGAUCUUCCGCUGCUUGAAGGACCAGUCACCAACCGCGGAUGAGCCUUCUGCGCUUAUCCAGGUGCUACUAGAUCAAGGACAAGACCCGAAUGAGCUUUUCGAGGACGAGCCGCCGCUGUAUUACAGUCUCAAGUCGGGUUCCUUCUGGCGGACAACUCCGGUGCUGGUCAAUGGUGGAGCGGACGUUCACAUGUCCACCAAAGCCAUGCCUGAUGGUGCAUUCAUGUACACCAUCACUCAUGGCUACCAGCCGCAAACCGUACAGAUACUAUCGAAACACCCACAUGUGCUGCGCGAGAAACCAGAGCGGCUGCAUCGGGAGUGCUGGUCAUCUAUGAUCCGUUGGGUGCCCGGCAUCUUGAAGCCCACGAGGGCUCGCUAUGUGCGAGCCAUAGAGCCCAAGCUGAACUGGACCUUUGCAAGCCGACUGAUCACAGCAGGUCUAAGAACCGAUGUGAAGACACUAGAUGACGUGGACGUCAAAGAAGUUGUCGAACUGGCGAUCCCCAAGGGGGUUCCGAUGGGAGUUGAGGGACGCAAGGUGCUGGACGCGCUUGAUAUCCCCUAUGUGGAACCGACGGCUCGACCUGAAGAUGAAGAAGAUGAAGAUAUAGAAGAAGACUAUGAAGCUGGGGGAAGCGACGUGAGCGAGGAUAUUGAUGAUGAUUCGGGUCUAUCGGAGAUGGAUGAUGGAUAUGACGGCUUCGGGCUGUUUCCGCCAUUUCCGGAAGACUCUGAUGAGGAUGAAGACUCGGAAGACGGAUGGCAAGACGAUGAUGGGGAGAGUGACUUUGAUGAUGAUGAUGACGACGGGUUGAUGCCGAUUCCCGUGCCCUUACUGUUUGGAUUCCUCAUGUGA